UGCCUGGUGAAAUUCUGCUCAUGUAUUUUUCAUAACUUCUGCAGAUUUAUGAUGCUGUACUUUAGAGCAAUGCUGUCUGUCGAGCAGCUCCUUGUUCGUUUUGUGAAAAGCAUAGAGUAAUCUUUGGUCUCAAUUGAGUUGGAAGCGAAUUUAGAGGGGGGCUGUAUACAAAUGUGGUCUUAACAGGGGAUAGAUUGUUUCUCUAUCACAAGUAGACACCUGUUUGUCUGUGCCAGCUGCCGGAAUGAUCACUUUGAUUUUAGGAUUUUUAUGCAUCUAUGCGCUCGGUAAAGGGCAAGUGGCUCGCGCGAACGUUACGAAGGGCAACCGCUUUGUCUGCACCGCCGUGCCCGCGGGCGCUGAUCUCAGUUGCCCCGUGUCUACAACCAACCGGGUUCAGAGCGCAAGUCCUCAGGAGGAGGAAUUGAGGAAUACCAUCGUGCAACUUCGGGAAACCAUUUUGCAACAGAAGGAGACUAUCGUCAGCCAGCAAGGAACCAUAAAAGAGCUCAAUGCCAAACUUUCUCGGUGCGAGGCUCAGGCGCAGGAUGCUCCGCGAGAGGGCAAGGGCAGGGGAGGCUCGCGGAGGAAAGACUACAAUAAGAACACAAUGGGGGACCUUCCACGCGACCCUACCGAGACCGUAGAACAACUUGGAAAGACCAUGCAAGGUCUGAAGGAUCGCCUUCAGAGCUUAGAGCUACAGCAGCAAGGGCGCGUCAACACCUCAGGUGCGACCUUUCCAAACGAGCUGCGCGACCUUCUCCGGCGCCGCCUGAGCGAUCUGGAGAACCAGCUGCUGACUAAAGUGGCUGAGCUGGAGGAGGAGAAGGCGCAGCUGUACAACGAGACGGCGGCACACCGGCAGCGGACCGAGAACACGCUCAACUCCUUACUGGAGCGCAUUGCAGAGUUAGAGAGAAGUAACAGCGCUUUCAAGUCUCCGGAGGACUUCAAAGUGUCUCUCCCCCUGCGCACCAACUACCUGUACGGUCGCAUCAAGAAGAGCCUGCCGGAGAUGUACGCCUUCACCGUCUGCAUGUGGCUCAAGUCCAGCGCCAGGCCCGGCAUCGGAACCCCAUUCUCCUACGGCGUGCCGGGCCAGGCCAACGAGAUCGUGCUCAUCGAGUGGGGCAACAACGCCAUCGAGCUGCUCGUCAAUGAUAAGGUGGCUCAGCUCCCCCUCUCCAUUAGCGACGGGCGGUGGCACCACAUUUGCAUCACCUGGACGACCAGGGACGGCUUCUGGGAGGCCUACCAGGAUGGCGAGCGCCUGGGCACCGGAGACAACCUGGCCCCCUGGCACCCAAUUAAGCCGGGCGGAGUGAUUAUCUUGGGCCAAGAGCAGGACAUUGUCGGGGGCCGUUUCGACGCCACGCAGGCCUUCGUGGGCGAGCUGAGCCACUUCAACAUGUGGGACCGCGUCCUACGCCCCAUAGACAUCUCCGGGAUGGCCAACUGCUCCUCUUACAUGCCUGGAAACGUGGUGCCCUGGGUGGACGCCAACGUGGAGGUGUUUGGUGGAGCCACCAAAGCCGCCCUGGAGAUAUGCGAGGAUCGGAUGUUUGAUAACUAAAAGCUUGUGGGCAAGUCUGCACUUUUGUUGUUGUUGUUGGGUUUUUUUCUGUUUUGAAGGGUGUUUUGUGGCUAGCUAACUCAUCCUUUCUAUGCUGCUCUUCACACUUUUGUGAUGGACAUGGGGGUGAGUCAAGACUGAGCUUCAAGAGUAUUCACUGUGUUCUCUUAUUGGAAAGUUUUUAAAAAACAAAGCAAAACAAACUUUCCCUGGUCUUUUUUUGUUUGUUUUCUUUCGUCUCGUGUCCUAAAAGUGUGUCUGUGUUAGCACAUGUGACGACUGGCAAUCUGAAGCUGCUCUUUCGAAGUCUACCAGUUGGUUAAAUAUGCUUCUGUGGCUCAUGGUAAUGAAA